CCCUUCACCCAAACCAGCACUGUUCCGUCUGCACAAUAAUUUCCAACGCUCAAUCAAUUAGAAACCGCGAAAUUCAAAUCCAUCAAGUUUAAGCUAUCAAUUUAUUAAUAAUUUGUCAAUAAAUUAUUUGAUUAAGAAUCAUCGAGAAUAUUAGAGAAAAAAAAGCCUCCGAAGCAGCAAUCGAAAGUGGAUUUGGCGAAGAAGCAGAAGAUAGUCGAGGACAAGACUUUCGGAUUGAAGAACAAGAACAAGUCCAAGAAUGUUCAGAAAUACGUUCAAUCCCUCAAACAAUCCGUCCAGCCCAGGCCUGAACUCAGCAAAAUCGACGCCAAGAAAAAGAAAGAGGAGGAGAAGGCAAAAGAGAAGGAGCUCAAUGAAUUGUUUAAAGUUGCAGUGAGUCAGCCCAAAGUUCCUCCUGGUGUUGAUCCGAAGUCAAUAUUGUGCGAGUUCUACAAGACUGGUCAAUGUGCCAAAGGUUUUAAGUGCAAGUGCUCUCACGAUUUGAAUGUUCAAAGGAAAGGAGAGAAGAUCGAUAUUUGUAGUGAUAAGCGCAAUGAAGAGAAAGAAACGGAAACAAUGGAGGACUGGGAUCAAGAAAUGUUGGAGAAGGUUGUUCAGUCCAAGGGUCAGGAGUACAACAAGAAUAAGCUUACCGAUAGAGUAUGUAAAUACUUUUUGGAAGCAGUGGAGAAAAAACAGUAUGGUUGGUUUUGGGUCUGCCCAAAUGGUGGUAAAGACUGCCAUUACAGGCACGCACUCCCUCCUGGAUAUGUUCUAAAAUCUCAGAUGAAGGCUCUGAUAGAGGAGGAAGCUGACAAGAUACCCAUAGAGGAAGAGAUAGAAAACCAGCGUGCAAAGAUAACUGCUACAACUCCUAUGACUCCGGAGCUAUUCAUGCAAUGGAAGAAGAAAAAGGUGGAAGAGCGAGAAGCCGGGUUGGCUGCACAGCGGGCAGAGAGAGCUAAGAAUGACUGUAUGAGUGGGCGUGAGCUAUUUUUGUCAGAUGCUAGCUUGUUUGUUGAUGAUGCUGAGGCCUAUGACAAAUACCGAAGAGAAGAAGAACCAGAUGCAGAGCAAAAGGAUGAUAAAGGUUCCUCCAUGGACGGGCCAAGUUCUUCCACAACAAAUACACGUGAUAUCGAAGAUGUUGCUGAUGAAGAUGACGACGAUCUCGAUAUGGAUGAGCUAAAUGAACUGGAAGCUAGCCUGUCAAAAACAACAUUACAAAUCAAAGAACCAGGUGAUCUGUGAUCUGAAAAGGCAGAUUAUACUCUUUAAACCCAUUUCUUACUCAAGACACUUGCUGUUUAUGUGUAUUCUCAACUGUGAUCCCCUGCUAGAGUUACUCUCGGAGGAGAAUAGUAGUGGCUCCUGUUGUCAACUGACUGCAUCCUUAGUAUAUCUCUCAGACGAGUCGACAAUCAUUUCGAUCUUUUUAGUCGGUAGUCGGUGCGACUUAGUUAUAGAUUUUAGCCAAUUUUCACUAGUUAUUGAAGUCGAGUCUUGGACAUAAUUGUUUAGCAGUCUUAAGGGGAUGGGCGUUUUCUUUGUUUGAAUGGGUUGUCUAUGAACUUUGAGGAUUUUUGCGUCUAUUUGUCUCGAUUAAAAAUAAUAAUAAAAUAAUGAAUUGAACGCGUUUA